GAACAUUCUUGCUUUUAACAAAUAUUAAAUUGACCUCAUCCUUUCCUACAUGAAUGUAAUCUAAAUAAGUUGUGUUAUUAAUGUAUUAGCUAGUGUUUUUAGAGAUAUAGAAGAUUUUCUUCGUGCGAAUUACAAUAAAACCAAUAGGUGAACAAAAAGAGAAUAAUUAAUAAUCUGCUUAGCUAAUUCAUUGUGAGCCUCAGCUUUAACAAAUACAUUAUGCGCUUUACUUAUCACAGCCGAGCAUUAAUAGCAUGUAUAAUCACGAGAUAUUUCGCCGCAAACUCUUUCUAUGAUAAAGCCGACUUUCACCGUCAGACGCGCCGUUGAUAAUGGAGGCGCACAGCGUCGUCAGUGUUGUUCGUAUCGCAGUACGCACCGCAACUUGUUUAUUUAGAUUUGAAGCUCAGAUAUCUUUGCGUUUCUUUACGAUCGAAACGCGAAAAAGUUUUUAACAAUAUUUACUGUGGUCAAUUUUUUGCGUAACUAUGACGUUUUACUUUUUGUGCAGUUUUUUGUGAGUUUUGAAGGUGAAGUGAUACAUAAAAAAAGUUUAGUGUGUGGAACGAAUAAAAAGUUUAUUGGAUUGAUAUUGAAUUUGAUUCUAAAAAGGGGUUAUGCUGGUAUGUAAUUAGAUUGAACAGAAGCGACAGACAAACAAUAUUGGAUGAAUAUUCUUUCUCAAUUUGGCUGUAAAACAAAGAAAUAAUUCCAUUUCCCGAUUCAAGAAUUAAUAAAAAAUCCUGCAUUUCAGUCUGUUUGGUCUUGAAUUUUUUUUAUUACAGAUAUCACAAUGGAGGAAAAGUUUUUAUUAUCAUCGAUUUCAGAUGACAACACGACAAAAAACGUUAUGGAUUUGAAGAUCUCACACUACCAAAAAUGAACAGCACCUGGUUCUAAAAGAUGGUAAGCGCUUCAAUAGGAGAGUCUACAGUCUCUCUCAACGUAUCAUCGUCGUUUUGGCCAAUAAAAGUGGCCAAUCCGAAUGACUCUAACUUCCAAUCGUGUUUGAUGGCAGAAGAUUCAGAUGUAUUCUUCCAAUUCGUAGUUAAUGGAUUGUUCAUGAACUUAAUAGGUGUUCUUGGUGUUCUUGGAAACAUAAUUUCCAUGAUUAUUCUGUCAAGACCCCAAAUGAGAUCCAGUAUAAAUUAUUUGCUCAUCGGACUUGCCAGGGUUGACACAGUAUUGAUUAUAACUAGUAUGCUGCUAUUUGGUUUACCAGGUAUAUACCCGUACAGUGGAAUGCUCUUCACCUAUUUCUAUGUUGUGCUACCUCAUAUAGCUCCCGUGGUAUUUCCAUUAGCUACAGUGGUUCAGACAGCUUCUGUAUAUCUAACAGUCACAGUCUCAUUGGAAAGAUUUGUUGCCGUUUGCCAUCCAUUAAGAGCCAGAUCACUUUGUACAUACGGUAGAGCAAGAAUCUAUGUAGUAGGGAUCAUCAUAUUCUCAGCAAUGUAUAAUUUACCGAAGCUUUGGGAAACUACAGUGCAAAAAGAAAUAAGUGAACGAGACAACAUAACGGUAUAUUGUUUGCGAGAAUCAGAAUUGAGAGGAAAUGAAACAUAUAUACAUAUUUAUAUCCACUGGCUAUAUUUAAUUUGUAUGUACUUGGUACCAUUUGUCUCUCUGGCUGUACUGAAUGCGUGCAUAUAUAGACAGGUCCUGAGAGCGAAUAAAGAACGGCAGCGUCUUUCGCGACACCAGAAACGUGAAAUCGGUUUAGCUACAAUGCUUUUAGGCGUGGUAGUCGUUUUCUUCUUCUGUAACCUCCUACCUUUAGUCAUAAAUAUCAUAGAAACUUUCCGAGUAGACAUACCUUUUUCUUUAGAGUAUUUGCUGCAAACGAGUAACUUAUUAGUGACAAUUAAUUCUAGUGUUAACUUUAUCAUUUACGUAAUUUUCGGUGAGAAGUUCAAGAGACUGUUUUUGAUUCUGUUCUGUAACAACAACCUCUUCAGAAAUGGGAGAGAGUCGCCAGAGGGGGUUACUCACGAGGAUAGCCUUAUCUCAAAUGGAGAUAGACAGAGUUUGAGACUGCACCGACAAAGUACCACAGUAAGUCGAAACGGAGCAGGCUCAAUCAAUUUUGGUCGUUCGAAUGGAUCUACACGCCAACCUUCAAAUAGAGGUAGUUGCCGUUACGCGAACCCAGGACCAUGCGUCUAUUAUCCCGCCAACAGGAACAAUAAAGAAAUAUCUCAGACUACGGUAUUGAUAGAAGACUGACAAUGGGAGCACCACAAUCAAAAUUUGAUAGCGGAUGAUGAUGUAUGACAAACGUCACUUGAAAGUAUUCAAAGGUUUUUCGGAAUAGAAGGCGAGUCAGCACAGGGUGAUUAGAGAAUAAGAUAAAUAUUUUUCAGUAAAUUAUGGCUUAUUUAAGUGUAAGAUAAUGGAAAGUUUUAUGAGAUGCACUGAAAUAAUAAUAUAAAAUUGAAUAA